CCCGACCGGGAAGGUCCCGGAGCUGCUUUGUUAAACCACAGGUGCAAAACGUCCCCGACUGUCCGCCGCGUGCGAGGCUUGGCCGUGGGCCGUGGAGCCCUAACCAGUGUCUCCUUCAGGCGCCAGAUGCCUGCACCCAAAGGUGCCAGAGCGGUGGGGCCACGAAAGGAAAGAAUCAUGGUGUCAUGGAAGGGGAUUUAUUUUAUACUUACUCUGUUUUGGGGAAGCUUUUUUGGAAGCAUUUUCAUGUUGGGUCCCUUUUUACCUUUGAUGUUUGUAAGCCCAUCUUGGUAUCGCUGGAUCAACAACCGCCUUGUGGCAACCUGGCUCACACUACCUGCGGCACUGCUGGAGACCAUGUUUGGUGUAAAAGUGAUUAUAACAGGUGAUGCGUUUGUUCCUGGGGAAAGAAGUGUCAUCAUCAUGAAUCAUCGGACAAGAAUGGACUGGAUGUUCCUGUGGAAUUGUCUGAUGAGAUAUAGCUACCUCAGAUUGGAGAAAAUUUGCCUUAAAGCCAGCCUCAAAAGUGUUCCUGGGUUUGGUUGGGCCAUGCAGGCUGCUGCCUAUAUCUUCAUUCAUAGGAAAUGGAAGGAUGACAAGAGCCAUUUUGAAGACAUGAUUGAUUAUUUUUGUGAUAUCCAUGAACCACUCCAACUCCUCAUAUUCCCUGAAGGGACUGAUCUCACAGAAAACAGCAAGGCUCGAAGUAAUGAUUUUGCUGAAAAGAAUGGACUUCAGAAAUAUGAAUAUGUCUUACACCCAAGAACUACAGGCUUUACUUUUGUAGUAGACCGUCUAAGAGAAGGUAGGAACCUUGAUGCUGUCCAUGACAUCACGGUGGCGUACCCUCACAAUAUUCCUCAGACAGAGAGGCACCUCCUCCUCGGAGACUUCCCCAAGGAGAUCCACUUCCACGUGCGCAGGUACCCAGUAGGUGCCCUCCCCGCAUCCGCAGAGGACCUCCAGCUCUGGUGCCACAAACGGUGGGAGGAAAAGGAAGAGAGGCUGCGCUCCUUCUAUCAAGGGGAGAAGAAUUUUCACUUUACCGGACAGACUGUAAUUCCACCUUGCAAGACUGAACUCAGGGUCCUGGUGGUCAAAUUGCUCUCCAUACUUUACUGGACCCUAUUCAGCCCUGCAAUGUGCCUCCUCAUAUAUCUCUACAGUCUUGUUCGGUGGUAUUUUAUCAUCACCAUUGUUAUCUUUGUGCUGCAAGAAAGAAUAUUUGGUGGACUGGAGAUCAUUGAACUUGCAUGUUACCGGUUUUUUCACAAACAGCCGCAUUUAAAUGCGAAGAAAAAUGAGUGAGAUCAUGAGGUUCACAGUGUGAUAGCCAAGGGGAUAUUUUGGAAAUGUGUUGAGCCUUUGUAAACGGAGAUGCAUUUUUGCAUGACUAUGUCAAAUAUUUCUACUACCAUCAUUAUUUGUUAAAGAUAUUUUGCACUUAGUUUUGUGGGAAAAUCUUGCUACACAUACGAUUUCUUUUUAAAUCUCUGAAUGUAAUUUCAAUACGUAGCAGGGAGCAAUUGCUAUAAAAUACUAGGGCCAGAGUAUCACUAAGCAACCACUGGGCUGUUAACGGACAGGGUACCACAAGAUUUUCUUAAAGGCCCAAUCCCAUUUCCUCACAAACUCCCCAGACCAGAAGCAGGUCUGGGGUUGGGGCGGCUCAAAUCAAGUGCCAGCACCUGACUGUGGAAGUGAGGGCCUUUCCUCCCGGCCCCUCCCCCAGCACUCUCCACAGGCUUUUCUACACCAAUCAAACCAUUGCAUCCUUCCCUAAGGCCAGAAAACAGAAAUCUCUCGUCCUUCAGCCAUGCACCCAGCACCCAUUUCGAUAGGAAGUUCUUCAUUACUCAUAAAACCCGGGCAGUUAGCCUUGCAGUCCCCCAGACAUCAGAAGACCACCUGUGCCCUUUCAUCCCAUGGAUAUAGUAAGACCUGGACAUUUCUCAGGGAGCAACCACAGGCUCUCCACUUAGAAACCUUAGUUUGAAUUUUUACAGAUUGGAAUUAAGACAGUUUAGUUCUUCACUUGUACUUACUCUUGCGUGCCCAGCGCUCGUUGGCAGGUGUAGCUUUUUCUGCGUUAAAAACAGUCUAUAUCAAGUCACUUACCUUUCUAAAGGAACGUGUGGAAGGUUCUGUUACUGCAAACUCUUAAAGUUGUGUCUUUUGAAAUACUUCUUUAAAACCUGGCCCAAAAAGGAAGGUUAUUGUAUUUUCUGUACGUGCAUGGGUAUCUAACAUCUGCCAUUAAAACAACAGCAACAGCGCUUGCAGACAGGGCAGUAAUGGCUUAGCCUAAAUUAUUCAACCCUUGCAGCCUUGACAGAUUUUACUCUAAAAACUAAAGUAACAGGAAAAAUGAACCCCUUUUUAAUGAUAACGAGGGCUCGCUGUCUUUUUAGUCCUUCCUGUUUCAGUACUAAAAUUUUAAUCCACUUUUGACCAAUCAGUUGUUUGCCUAAAUAUUCCUGACAUUUGGAGUCCAUGGAAAAUCCGGCAAACCAACAGCACCCAUGUCCUUCUGAGGCAGAAAAAUCGUGGUCAUUGUUUCCACCCUGCUGGAGCUGUGUACCACUGUUUUUAUCAUACAGUGGAGACACUGGUCAGAGUCACAGAAAAUAGGCAAUUAAAGGUCUUUAGCUGUUAGCAAACUUGUCCACUUUACUCCUGCCUUGAACCAGCCUCAGAAGCUAUUGCUUUAUGUACCCUUUUGGCACAAAUGCCUUCUCCUUAAUUACAACCCAUUUUUGCUCAACAAUGACUUUUACCCAACAUUUGAAACAUGCACUGCCAUCGCUGGCUCAGAGGAAGAGAACUAGCUAGUGCCGCACCUAGGGCGCCAGCCUCUAUUGAACCACUCCCCGCUUCCCGGGCUGUUUUCACUCCUGCUAAGAGCUACUAAUUAGUUGUUAUGCAGGCCUGCUCCAUCCCCAGCUCUUUAAUCCCAUGGUUCUUGAGGUGUUUUUCUUCUUUAACCUUUUUUUCCCCCUCGAAUAAAAGAGGUUUCUAAUUUAGAUUUCUGUCAGACCUCCUAUAAUUUUGGUUAUAUUUGGAAACACGGAAUUGUAUAAUCAGUCCUGCAUUUGUCCUGGGCAAAGGGGAAAUGCCGUGUCCUUUGUCCCACACAUGUCUAUGCUGUAGUGUGUCCAGCGCCCUUCCUCCAGCUCCUUGGAUGCUUGUUCAUGUGUGACCUCCGUAGAAGAGCAUGAAGCCAGUACAGGAGGAAAGCUCUUUUCUUUCCUUUUUAAAAAAAUGUUCUCUUUUGAUCAUAAAAGACAUGUUCAUGAUAAAAUGCAAACUUUGUUUUACCUACCCAAAAUUCAUAUGCACCAAAACUCUACAGGGGAAUACAGACAUCGUACCUGCUUUCAGAAUCAGAAAUGAUAACUUCAAAACUAAAAAAGUUGCUUCUUUUUGUUUGGUUUUCUGGUUUUGUGUUUUGGGGUCUUUGUGUUUUUGCAGUAAGGCUUCUUUCAAAAGUUGUAAUUAUUUAUGUUCCUACAUAUCUCCCUUUUUCUUUUAAAAAUUUUUUAAAGAACUACUCAGCGGAUGAUUUGGAACUUAGAGCUUUGUAAAAAUUGGUAACAAAAUGUCAAGUAGAAGUUAAUUUAACUUUAAUGUUGUGAUCGGCCUCAGAAAUGACCCCUUCCACACCUUCCCACCUCCUCUCUCUGGACUCAGAGUAACCCUUGUUCUGCUGCGUCCAGACGCACACUUCCCACUGACUGCUCUUUCGGUCCUCUGAAGACUGGCUCAGUGGACUGUGAAAUGUUUACAGUACCGUCUGUCCAACUGUUCAGUCUUUACCAUUCAGAAAUGUUUCAAACAAAGCAAGUGUGGUUCAUAUGGGACAUGAACCAUUCUACUUAAAAUAGGAAACUACAAGUUAGGGGGCCGAUGAGGCUGCAAGUUCUUUCACCAGACAGCUCUGACAAGCAGGCCAGAAUCACUGCACAAAUCAGUAGGAAAACAUGGUAAAAGAUUGGAAGAAAAAGAAUGUUAAACAGAGCACGUAAUUUCAAACUCCUAUUAAAGCUCUUCCUUGUUUGUUACACUAUGAACACGCAGAUUAGGGAGAAAUACCAGCUUCCACUCACAUCACUUUGAAAUGAAUCACUUCCUCAGCACCAUCUCGGGAGCUGGACCUUGGUGGCCAAGACCGAAUCCUGCAGAAAGGGUAACGCUUCUAUGCACCUGGCCUGCAGGCUCUGGGCCCGACCAGGAUGCCCUUGUGCACUUUUAUAAUAGAAACUCUAAUGGAGGAAGCCUGUUGGUAUUAAAUUGUUUACAUUUCUUUAUAUAAAUAAUGUGCUUUCAGUGCCUUAGUUACGGGUCCCUUUCUUUUUCUGGUUCCAAGAAUUCUGCAAUGUGUUCCUUAGGUCAAAGUCUCUUUUAGCUACUCACUGGGAGGAAAAUGGCUUGUAAACACUGGUCACUGUGGUAAACACUACUUUGUGGGGACAUCUGGAGAGGAGAGCUUGUUGCUGAGGUAGCCUUUGCCUUAGUGCUGUUAUUUAUGUGAUAGGAAACAAAAAUGGUCUUGUCAUGCGAUGAGCUUCAGACUGGAGAUGGCCCAAAAAUUGUCUUGUACUUAAGUUUUUAUUUCAGAAGAGAAUCUUGGUUUUAGUAAUUUAUUUUUUAAAAGAUUAUGUAUGAAACACCAAGUUUUAAAAAUAACUCACAGAAUGGCCUUAGUUUUCAAUGUCCACUAGUAUGUUUGUGAGUUGUGUUAUCUGUAAUUUACAUCCCAGAAUAAAGUGGAAUGAAUUGGAUAGAGUUUG